UCCGGUAACACAUUUCCAUUUCACAUGUAAACAACAAUGGCUGCCAAAACUAGGAAAACAGAUCCACUAUCUCGAUAUUUUAAAGAUUUAGACGAAGAUCAGUUGAGCGAUUCUGAAGAAGAUGAUGCUAAAGAUGCUAAUCCUGAAGACUCCUUUUCUAAUUUGAAAAAUAACUCUGUUAGCAUUGAACAAGUCCAAAGUAAUAGUAAUAGUAACAAUAGAUCUACAUUAUAUCAAAAAAGUCCUUUUUCUACCAGCAGAAGUGCCAGAAGCACUGCUGGCACUAGUACAACUACAAGCAGUAGCAGUUCAGUGACUGCUGUUGACAAAUUGUCCAAACUACGUUCAGCUAAUGAUUGCCUUAAUUCUCAAAAUAAGCCUGCUUUCUUACAAGUACUAGAAAAAAAAGAAUUAAACUGGGAUAAGUUAGAGAAACGAUUGGCUGAAGAAAAUGCUUCUAGUGAACCAAUAGAUUAUAAAACAAAUGCUGUUCCGCCUCCUGCAUCCUAUGAACCGAUGACUGAUCCUGAUGUUAAAGUUGAAAAAGAAGGAAGAAAAAGAAAAAAAUCAGAAGAAGAUACCUCUACUAAAGCUUACAAAGUUCACAAAGAAGAUGAUGAAGAUAAAUUGUAAUAAAAUAAUGAAUAAAAAUACUUUUUAAAUAACAAAGCUUAUAUUGAGAGGCAUUGCAUCAAUUAUUUUGAAU